ACACACACACACACACACUGAACCACACAGAGGAACACAAGACAAAGCCAGGCUAAAAAUACCUCGAUCGGCUCAGAGCGAUGCACUGAAGAUGUAGCCAGAUUUACUGGAAAUGAACAGAGCGAGUUAGAAUUAAGAGGAUGUCCACUGAGAAGCACAAAAUUAGACAUAAAUGGGGGAAUUCUGAAAUCGAAGACGAAAUUAGGUUUAAAAGCACUAAUGUGUUAUUAGAAAAUAUUAGAACGGGUAUUUGAAAAGUACGACUUGUUUUUAGGAAACAGAAAAUUGUGGGGAUUUUUUUUUUUUGCCACACUGGUUUGCAACUCUUGGGCACAAACGUGUAACACUGGCUUGAGGUUGUCACAGAUAUUAGUGGAAAUAGAGACUGAAUUUGAUCUGAAUGGAUACACACAGAGAAAGAAUCCUGAUUGCAAUCUUGGUUUUAAAACAGCUGUCCUCUCAUUUACAGCAGGAACACACAGAUAAUUGAUUUUGAGCUUCAUUCAAAGGUGCUCCUAGCAGGGUGCUGACAGCUCAGCAGAUAGUGAUAGCUGGGCCAUCGGAUCUGUUCUGGCCUUCAGCCAUCUUUGUCUGGUUGCUAUGUGCCUAUCCAUGGUCCCAUGACCAACGCCUGGUCUAAAUAUAAACAUGUGCUAAGGUCACAUUCUGAGGAAAACGUGCUCUCAAUGAAGUGGCACUCUGGGACACGGACAAGCUGAGGUCUUCAUGACAGUUUGAGUUAAACUAAAAAGUUGUCAGGAUUCCUUUGAACCGAGUAGCAGACGGUUAAGUUGCUGCUUUAAGCGUCUCCCUAAAGGAAUCACUUUCCAGUUAUGACUUCAAAUUCCUCUUAAAUUCAGUGUGCUUAUCUACACACCUUUGGCGGAGAUGGGUAACGGAAUAAACAAGGUCCUGCCUGAUCUUUAUCUUGGAAAUAUCAAAGAUGCUCGCGACAGGGAGCUGCUGGCUCGGCACAACAUCACCCACAUCCUGUCCAUCCAUGAUACAGCUGCGCCCGUUCUGGAGGGCAUCACAUACCUUUGUAUAUCUGCAGCUGACCAUUCCAAGCAAAACCUGAUUCAGUACUUCAGAGACAGCAUCAUGUUCAUCCAUGAAUCCCGACUGAAAGGAGAAGGCUGCCUCGUGCACUGCAUGGCAGGAGUGUCCCGCAGCGUGACUCUGGUGGUGGCCUACAUCAUGACGGUGACGGGUCACGGAUGGGUAGAGUCCCUGGCAGCGGUUCGGUCAGUCAGGCCGUGUGCGGGGCCCAACCUGGGCUUCCUGCGGCAGCUGGAGGAGUUUGAAAACACAGAACUAACAGAAUAUCGAGCUUGGUGGAAGGAGCUGUACGGGAAGAGCACGUUCAGUGAUGAUGAGGAGAUCGAGGCCCUUUUAAACCGGAAAUCCAGCACCAGCGAUGCCAUAACAACCAGCAUCACUCCUGCGCUGGCCACGAGCAGCAAAUAAAGAAACUCAUUUCUGCAUCUUCAGUCAUUUCUCACCUGAACUUAAGAAGCAGAGGACAGCGGGCUUCUGAUUGGCCCUUUGAUCCCACAGAGACCGGGUGCACAUUUUAAAAUCAUUUUGCCCCCGACCUCGCACUGCGUCAGGAACACCUGUCUCACAAAAAGUUCAGUGUCGGGAUGAUAAGUUCAGUCUCGUGUGCGUGGAGUGGCUAAGCAGACAUGUGACGGGGGGAUUUUAUGUCACCGUCUUCAGUUCCCUUCGUCAUGUCAUGUCCUUGCCUCUAACUGUCAAAACAACAUGCAAGGGCAGUCAAGCAUGACACCAAGGAAAUAUAUGUACAUACAGUCCACAGUGUGAACACAUACUCCUCCUGUACACCCCCCACCCCACCCCGCCGUCCCCCGUCAGUUAUGUUAUGCUGUGUCUUGUACUUGAAAAAUGACUAUUACUUUCUGAGAGCGUGUGAGAGCUAAAGAACGCUUUACUUUAUAUUUUACAGUAAAAACAAUUAUCAGAUGUGCUGUUUUUAACUAUUGUGCUGUUCUUCCUAAAUGUAAACUUUUCAUUUGAUAUGUGCACAGUCUGUGAAAAUGCAGUUAUAUAUGUAGAGUUUUUAUGUUAACGUUUUCAUGUUAGUCUGCAUUUUGUAUUUUGUUUAAUUAUGCAUGCAUUGAGGUGACAUUUAACUCAUCAACUGAAAAUAUUUAGAUUGUAAUAAUGCAACAAAGGAAUGUAUUAAUCUUC